AUGACUUUGGCUUUGUUUCUGAAGGUUCAUCCACUGACUUUCAGAGGUUUAACCAACUCAACUGAAGGGACAACUGGUUUCAAGCGAUGGAGCGCGCACUACAGGCUCACACAUGUCCCAACUAACCAAUACGUGGAGUUUGCAGCCUAUGAACUGUUAGGUGAGGCACAACAUUGGUGGCAAGGAGAGUGCCAGUUGCUGCGACUUCUGAAUAUUGAGAUUCCUUGGGAUGUAUUUCAGAUAGCGUUCUACAAGAAGUAUUUUUUGGAAUUCGUAAGAGAAGCUAGAGAGUUGGAGCUUAUGCAGCUGAAGCAAGGCUCAUUGUCAAUAACAGAGUACACAAGCAAAUUUGAAGAACUCUGA